AUGUCAGCGCCUGGAGCUGGUCACGAAUUCCCGUCCAAGGAGGUUUCCUGGCAGAAACGCGAUGUCUUGCUGUUUGCAACCAGCAUUGGUUGCAAGGCCGAUGAAUUACAUUUCCUCUAUGAACUCCAUCCCAACUUCUCCGUCUUCCCAACUUACCCUUUGAUCCUCCCCUUCAAGCUCACCGACCAGGAAGUCACCGACUUCUACGCGCGUUCGCAGGCGGCUCCGGUCCCCGGCAUCCCGGACUUCGACUACCGCCGCGUAGUAGAUGGUCAACGGAAACUUACCAUCCUGAAGCCCCUUCCUACAACAAGCGCCGGCAAGAAGUUUGAAUUGCGGAAUAAGGUUGUCGGUGUUUACGACAAGGGCAAGCCUGGAACAGUUAUGGAGACAGAGCAGUCGAUUGUGGACAAGGAGACCGGAGAAGUGUAUUCAAAGACUGUGAGCAGCAACUUCUUUGUUGGCCAGGGAAAUUGGGGUGGACCGAAAGGUCCAAGUACCGUGAGCUAUGCGCCGCCGGAGGGCAGGAGCCCAGACGCUAUCGAUGUGGUCCAGACUACUAUGGAAACCGCUCAUCUUUACCGUCUCAACGGCGACUACAACCCUCUCCACGCUACCCCAGAGCCUGGUCAGAAGAUGGGAUUUGGAGGUGUCAUCAUCCACGGCCUUUUCAGCUGGAACUCUGCUGCCCACGGAGUCCUGCGCGAGCUGGGAGGAAGUGACCCCAAGAACAUCAAGGAAUUCCAGGCCCGGUUUGCUUCGCCUGUCAGACCAGGCGACAAACUUACCACGGAGAUUUGGCGGAUGGGCAAUGUCCAGGACGGUUAUGAAGAAGUCCGGUUCGUGACCAAGAAUGACAAGGGCAAGGCCGUUUUGAGCAACGGCCGUUGUCUGUUGAAGGUUGUUGGUCCGAAGAACAAGCUCUGA